AUGAAUGGGAAGUUGCACCGCCUACUCCAGCGGAUUGCGUCACCGCAUUUGGCCUUACGCUUGACAAAAGAGGAGCUGUGCUUAUCCAUGGCCGCUGUGGCUCGUCUGCGCCUGCGCAAGGAGGAGCUGCUGCAUCUCCCCCUUGACUCGAUUAUAACGCGAACCCAGCGUGUCAGUCACUUGUGCAGCCCGAUAGAACUUGGAAUGAUUUCAGAUGGGGCGUCCGCACUUUUUUGUAACCGCGCGGAUAUGGCCGACACACUUGUCUGUGAGUUGUACGCAGCAAUCGGCAAAGGCGCAGCAACUCGUCUCGAUCACGUAACGGCUGUAGUUCGCUACGCAUCUACGUUGGGGUCAUAUAGCAACGAGACAAUACCCGUUAUUCUCAUGUCUGCGCCGAAGAUACUAAGCAAGAAAGAUUCAGGGAGUACGUUACAACUUUUUCUGCGAGUUGCACAGGCACACCUGUCCGAAACGGAGUUCCAUUCAUUGGUGAAGGAGCUGCGAAAGAGGGCGAGUCCUGAGCAGAUGAAGGAUGUGAAUGAAAAAUGUAUUCUGCCACUCAUUGAAAGGGGAUCUCAAACAGAGGCCGAAGAGGAAAACGAUGAUGAGGAUGAUGAUGAUAACAAUAAUAUUAAUAAUAAUAAGAUUGCCUGGAAUUCACCGCGCGCACGGAACUGGUUGUCGCAAAGAGUGCGAAGGGACGAGGCAUGGUCCCCAGCAGAGGUGGUGCAGGGCAUGGAGCUCUACUCCCACUUUGGCAUGCGGGACCCUGUUUUACAGAAGAAAUUGGAUGAGGCGGCGAUGUCGGUUAUGCCUACAGCAAGCAAGAUCCACAUGGAUGAGAUUCUUAAGGUCAUGGCAAUUUCUUCACAUCUUUUCCCUCUGACAUUUGAAUUUAUUCGCCAACUCCGUACCAAAACCCCAGAAUCGCAUAACAGUGGUGCCAGCAGCGAUGAGGAUUCCACGUCCUCACUGACGCGGAAUUUUAAAACAUCAGAGGCGUAUGAAAAACUUUUGACGGGUCAACAUAUACCUGAGGAUUGGAUGCUCGACGUGAUACAGGAGCAAAAUGCUGCAGUCCCAGUUGACGUGGCAGCACAGGCUGCCUGCAUCUUUGCUGAGAAGGGUGAGAUACCAGAAGGCAUUAUUUUACAGUUAUCGAUGCAGUUGAGGGAACUUUCUCCAGAAGGAUUGGCCGCCUUUCUUAGAGCGAUGCGACGGGAUCCAUCCGGAUCCUUGUUUCAGCAUAGUGUGGCUCUAUCCGCCCAGUUCACCGAAAAAGUUGUGCGGGAUGCAACUGUAGAGCAAUUACUGCGGAUAUGUACUGCGUGCUCUUUGCCACUUCCCCGGGGGAUUGAUACGAAAGAGAGGGGGGUUUUUAUGGAGGCUCAAGGGCGUUUGGGGGAAGCCGUUCUCACACGACUCAUCUCUGUUAUGCAGACACCCUGCACGAUCCUUUUUCUCUGUAAGAUAACGAAAUUGUCGUCGGCCCUUGACGAAAAUAAUGAAAUUGUGCAGUUUGUUUGCUCAAGCGUGUGUGCUCGGACGUCUCUUGCAGUGGAUGAUGCAUUGGAGAUUCUGGAAAUGCUGCACUGUCGCAAAUAUGUGCAUGAGCCGCUUCUUGACAAGUUGGAACCUAUUUUCCGCGAAAUUGUGGAAUUGGUGGUCUCAAAAAUGCAGAGCGGUGAAGAGGUUCCGGAUGCUGAGGCACGACAAAUUGCGCGUUUUAUCGUUUUGCAGACACUCUUUGACGUCCCUGAUUUUGAGGCCUCCGCAUCGCUUCUGCUGCACACGGCUGAGCAAUUUAUGGAUCGCACUCCCAGCGAGGUUCUUCCAGGUGCGGGUCUUCUUGCCUUAAAGCAAAGGCGAAUGGCUACUGUUCACAUGAUGUUAGGGAAGGUUACAGGCAAGGUGUCUACACUCUCUGAUGAGGCCCUUGGCAUGCUUGCACGGCUGAUCGCUCAGUCUUCGGUGGGCUCACCGGGGAAAAAUCUUGUGAAUGAAAUUGUUUCUGUUGUGGCGGGACGAUUGUCACACAAACGACGUUUACCACCAGAUGUUGUGGGCUUGGCGGUUGUAGUACACUGCCAGCACGGUGACGCAGGAGAUGGCAUUCCCGAAAAUGUAAUGGAUUACCUGCUGGAGUGGAUGGGGGCCCUCUCUUCAGAGGUGUACACCGAGCUGUGUGGCGCUGCACACCUUUUGAAGGCUGGAGACACGUUGACAAAUGGGCUAAUCGACGAGUUUCCACUUCGGUUGAAUCAACUCACCACGAGUGAAAUUGCCAAUGUGGCCUUUGGGCUUGGCGAAAUUGAUGGCAUCGGACAUCGACUCUCUCAUCAGCUUGUUGCAGAGAAGUGCUCGGAUUACGUCGUUGACAACUCGCAGGAGUUUUGGAGUGGAACAGACAUUGCACGUCUGAUAUACGGGUUUUCACGCAUGUUGUGCACGAAGCGAAGUCUGUACAAUGUCUUUUCCACUCGUCUUGCACUGCGGCCCGUAUUUUUGCCGAUGAACCAGAAGGCGAUCAGCCUUGUCGUUGCUGCCUUUGGGAGGUCCAAAUACUUGGACAAGAAAUUAUUUGACAAAUUUGUACGCCGAAUGCAGGAGUAUUCUGACGACCUUGAGGCGCCUGAGUUGAUGCUGGCGAUCCGGGGAUUCAGCCGCGUGAUGCUGCUGAAUGAUCAGCUGUACAAUGAGCUCGGUAACAAGGCUGCGGAAAAAGCGAAUGAGUUUCCGCUGGAUUCAAAGUGUGCCCUGCUCGCCUCUUUUGGAUCGUUGGGUAUCGAGCAUGAGAAGCUGGCGACGCGAGUACUUGAUGGCAUCGUGGAGAAGCUGCCGGAACUGGGAGAUGCCAACAAGGCGGUGGAUGUCAUGACCUCUUUGUGGCAGAUGCACCACGAAGUGGAGACGGAUCCGCGCGUGGAUCAACUGGCGAAUUGGAUUGUUGAGCAAUCGGAGGAACUCACUGAAGACGCCAUUGGGAAGCUCUGCGCUAUCCUCAAUGAUAGGAACUGGCGACAUGUUCCGCUUGUAAAGGCCAUGGCGGAGCAAUCCGUUCGAUUGCAGCUUCAGCAAAGUGUUUCAGCCGAGUGCUGCCGAGCGGUGCUGGACACAUUAGGCACCUUUAUGAUUCAUCAUCAGGGAGCGCGCGAGAAUCUCUCGGCCCUUGGGAGAAGUGUAAGUAAGGAAAGGAUACAGCUUUCAGAGGAGGAGGAACAGCAAGUUCAGCUCCUGCUACGCCGCUAG